AUUGAAGAUCCAGGAUGCUUCUGGGUUAUUAUAAAAGGAUGUAGUCCUUUUUUAGAUCAUGAAGUUGAUUAUCAAAAACUAAAUAGUGCCAUGAAUGACUUCUAUAAUAACAUGUGUCAAGAUAUAGAAAUAAAACCAUUAAUGUUGGAAGAAGGGCAGGUCUGUGUGGUGUAUUGUCAGGAACUGAGGUGUUGGUGCAGGGCUGUUAUUAAGUCCAUCGUGUCUUCGGCCGACCAUUACCUGGCAGAAUGUUUCCUUGUGGAUUUUGCCAAGUACAUCCCUGUGAAAUCUAAAAACAUCAGAGUCGCAGUUGAAACCUUUAUGCGGCUUCCCUACCGAGCGAAGAAAUUCAGGCUGUACUGCACGAAGCCUGUCACGUUGCACAUUGACUUCUGUGAAGACAGCGCUGAGAUCGUACCUACCAAGAAGUGGGACAGCGCAGCUACUCAGUACUUCCAGAACAUCCUGAAAGCAACCACCCAGGUGGAAGCCAAAUUAUGUGCUGUGGAAGAAGAUGCUUUUGAGGUCUACCUUUAUGCAACUAUAAAAAAUGAAAAAGUCUGUGUUAAUGACGAUCUGGUUGCGAAGAACUUUGCUCGUUACAUAUCACCCAAGGAGAAUAAGAACGUUGAUUCUGUAGAGAAAUCAAGAUUGAGUACGAAGUCCGCAUCCUUCUCCAGGAGACUCAAUCCAGCACUCACUCUCUGGCCAAUGUUCUUACAAGGAAAAGAUCAUCAAGGAAUGGAAAAUUCACAUGGUUUAACUUUUCUGGCUCAGUCCCUCCAGCAUCCGUGGCCCAAGGGUGUUGUUGGUGAACUUGGGCCGACUGCUAUGAUCGUGGAUGGAACUAUAAAAUGUAGAGAUUCAUUGAGAGGUUCACCUAAAAAAAAGUCUGAAAAGAAACAACAGCACAUCUCCUUGAAAGAUGUAAAUAAGUGUGUUAAAUCCUCCGUGUACUGGCCAACAAAGAGGGGAAUAACGAUAUAUGCUGAGCCAGAUGUACCUGCCACGAGUGCUUUAUGUCAGAAGCCAAAUGAGAAACCACUUAGGUUGGCCGAGAAGAAAGAACACAAUGAGAAGAAUGGCUGUGUGAAAUUGUUGCAGUUUUUAAAUCCUGAUCCUUUGAGAGCGGAUGGGAUCUCUGAUCUGCAGCAGCUGCAGAGGCUGCGGUCCGGCUCCCAGCAGCCCUUGGCCGUGCUCCGGAACAAGAUCGAGCCUUGCUUGACCAUGGACUCGGCGCCACUUUCGGCAGACCUGAGAAAGGCUCUUCAGAGAAACAGGUUCCCGGGACCCAGCCACGCAGAAUCCUACUCUUGGCCACCCAUAGCCCGGGGCUGUGACGUGGUGGUCAUCUCUCACUGUGGAAACAGUCCCCUGCUCUACCUCCCACCCGUGCUUACAAUUCUGCAGAUGGGGGGCUGCUACAAGUCUUUACCAAGCAGAAACGGACCUCUGGCAGUCAUCGUGUGCCCUGGGUGGAAAAAGGCUCAGUUUAUUUUUGAAUUACUGGAAGACUAUAGCACGUCCUCCAGGCCUCUUCAUCCCAUGUUGUUAACAAUCGGACUCCACAAAGAUGAAGCCAAAAACAUGAAGCUUCCAAGGGGGUGUGAGGUCAUCGUUACAACACCCCACAGCCUCCUGAGACUUCUCAGAUACCAGAGCUUGUUAUUUCUUAGACUCUGUCAUCUCAUCUUGGAUGAGGUAGAGGUGCUGUUCUCUGAAGCUAGUAAGGAGAUGUUUGCUAUACUGGAUAACUUUAAAAAAAAUAUUGACAUUGAAGAAAGGGAAUCUUCACCACAUCAGAUUGUUGCUGUGGGUGUUCACUGGAGCGGACACAUAGAGCAAUUGGUCAAGGAGUUCAUGAACGACCCCUACAUCGUGGUCACGGCCCUGGAAGAGGCUGCUCUCUACGGCAGCGUCCAGCAGGUAGUGCGCCUUUGCCUAGAAUGUGAAAAAACCUCUACUUUACUCCAGACUCUAGAUUUUAUUCCAAGUCAAGCACAAAAGACCUUGAUCUUCACUGGUUCUGUAGCUGAAACAGAAACCGUGUGUAAGGUAAUAGAAAGCAGUUCAAUAUUUUGUUUGAAAAUGCAUAAAGAAGUGGUUUUUAAUUUAAAAAGUGUUUUAGAACAGUGGAAGAAGAAGUUAAGUUCUGGCUCUCACAUUGUCUUAGCCUUGACGGAUGACUGCAUACCGCUCUUGGCCAUCACCAACGCCACGUGUGUGAUUCACUUCAGCUUUCCUUCCUCCCCCAAAAUUUUUGGUGGACGCCUGUACUGCAUGUCGGAUCAUUUUCAGAGUUCCGCUGAGCAGGGUUCUCCUGCAGAACAGGCGGAUAAGAAGACCAAAUCUGUCUUGCUGCUGACGGAGAGGAGCGCGUGCCACGCAGUCGGCGUCGUGCGCUACCUGGAGCGGGCGGGUGCCGAGAUCCCGUCGGAGCUGUAUGAGUUUACUGCGGGGGUUCUGGAAGCCAAGGAAGAUAAAAAAGCCAGAAGGCCUCUCUGUCCAUAUCUUAAGGCAUUUGGUUUUUGCAAAGACAAAAGGAUCUGUCCUGAUAGACACCAUGUUAAUCUAGAAAUAGACAUGCCAAGGAAGUUAUCCAACCAAACCCUGCCAACAUUUGGAUACAUCAAA